AUGUUCCGUAUAUUCACAAUACUUUGGCUCACGGCCACACCAGCACUGGGACUUUGGGAAAAAGGUUUAAAAGUAAGGUUCGGUAUAGAUCCCAACGAUGUUGAGUCAUUCUUGCCAUUGCCGGAGACUGCAGUAGAAGCUGAAGGUGCUGGUUGGAAGAAUGUGACUGGACUUGCUCCACCUGAAGGUUAUGAGAAACUGUUCUUAAUGUGUCCUGAGAACGAUUACACUCUUUGCAUGUUUUAUGAUGACACAGGAUACGUCGCUGGAUAUCAAAUAAGCUUUGACCCGGCAAGAUUCACUAACGCCAAUUAUAACUGGACCGUCAGCGGUUACAAAACUUGGACUGCUAUUGAAAAUGGAGUGUCUAUCGAUUUUCAUACGGUCACUCAGUACUUCAUGAGUCCUGCAUUCCUGAACACGCCUGCAGAAACUCGCAUUGCCAAGCGGAAUAGGAACACAAUCCUUCAGGACAAUACUCUUUAUGUAACUGGUUUCAACGGCAAACUUUACCCAGUUCCUACUUCUAUCGAUAAGAUAAAAUCUGAUGGCAUUUACACACCACAAGGCUGCAUGGCAGGAAUGGGAAACCACUAUUAUUAUAAUAUGACAACGAGUUUGCCCUGUGGAGAAGAUUCUAUCUUCACAUGGUUUGUAUUAGAAUAUGAUGACUCACUGACCGCUAUGGGGUUCUUGAUACCUGGGAAAUACAGCAUUACAGAAGGCCACACGGACUAUUUCGAAUUACCCACCAGGCCCUUUAUCGAGAUGAAUGCACCAAGAGCACCGGAGUGUAUAUACAGGUAUCCUGAAGAGUAUGGAAUGCUCACUAUGCAUCUGUACUUUAUCAAGGAGCCAUAUGACAUGACCUGCGUAGAUUAA